CUGUCUCUCUGUUGGGUAGCGCAGUUGUUUUGCGAAGGCGUCACGGGAGGCACCGAAGCUGUCAGUUAGUGGCAAGCUGGCGGCGGAGUGACAUUAUUAUUUCGGCAGAUGUAACGCACCGCGCGGGGGUCUCCAGGGCCUUCCUGUGUGACCGCGGUACAUGAAAGAUGUCCGAGAACUCGAGCGACAGCGAGUCUUCUUGUGGCUGGACAAUUCUUAACCACGAGGGUUCUGAUAUAGAAACCCUUAACUCUGAAAAUGGUGAGACAGGCUCUGAUUUUCCACUAGAACAAAGCGAAGCCCUUGAGGAGGAAUUACGCCCUGAUACACUUCCGCUAGGGCUACCAGAUCUGUGCGGCAACGAGAACACCGCUUCUGCUAUAGAAUUGUCUUUUCCGAGUGUGGAGGAAGCCCAGGCUGCUCCUGAGGAUUUAACUCACUAUGGCCUCCCGCAAAAGAUGGAAAGGUCCCUUCCGGAUACGUUUUGUUACCAAGAAGAGGAGAAGUUUGCUGAGGACGUUGUAUGUGAGGCUGGCAGCGAUGACUCUGAUAUAGUUACCUUGGAACCUCCCAGAGCAGAUGAGAUUGGGCCCUUGGACGAGGACGUGGCAGCUUUGGAGGAAGAGGUUGCAAUCACUGAAGAUGUUAACUUGAGCUCUUCCUUUAGCAGCCAGUACACUUUCAGCCAGCCAGAGACGGUUUUCCCAUCUCAUCACAGUGCAGAUGACUCCAGCAAUGAUGAAGCAAGCGAUGUGUCAGGUCCCGCUCUCCGACGCCGUCGUGCAAAGAAAGAUUCUGAGCAUAAGGCUCCCGCUGACCCUCCUGCACCUGUUGAGCCUAGAACUUUUGGCUUCCUAGGGCGCAGCCUGAAUAAGUGUAUUAUUCUUGCUCUGAUCAUUGCUAUGAGUAUGGGGUUUGGACAUUUUUAUGGUUCAGUUCAGAUUCUGGAGCGUCAGAAACAUGUAGAAAAGAUUUAUGAACAUGAACUAAAUGAUGUGAAGGAUGAUCUUCAUCAGUGUCAGAAGGAGCAGAAGGCUGCAGUAGAACAGCAGGGAUUAUAUGAGCAUUUUACCGAAGACCCAGAGGAGACACAGGAUAUGGUUUCUUCUCUCAAAGGCCUGAUGGUAAAAAUGACAACAGAGAAUCAGCUGCUGAGACAAAAACAUACUCAGCUACAGACUGAAACAGAUGACCUUGCAAAUGCUUUAAAAACAACAGAAGGGGAAAAUCAAAAACUUGCACAGGAAAACCAGUAUUUAAGAAUAUCUUUAAAGAAAGGGGAAGAGGCAUUUUCCUUAUUACAAGAAGAGCUAAGGAAGCUUAGAGAACAGAUCAGGAGCUUGGAAGAGAAAGGAAGUGGAGAUCUAAUCUUAUCAGAAAACCGAAAACUUAGGACACAUUUAAAAGAGGAAAGACAAAAGAUUCGGAGCUUCUUGACACAGAAGGAGAUUCUGUUAGCUGAAGCCCAAGCCUUAAGAAAAGAGUUGGACAGCGAGCAUCAGAUUACCGAAUCCUUGAAGGCCAAACUGGAAGAGAUAAGUAACAGACAGUCACCAGAUAUGAAGCAUGGUAUGGCUGAUGAUGAAGAGACUGAACAGUUGAGAGAGAGACUUACUGACUUGGAGAAAAAGGUAGUUUUUGAACAGCAAAGAUCAGAUUUAUGGGAAAGACUGUAUGUUGACGCAAAGGAGCAGAAUGAACAGCAAACCGAAGCUCUACGUGAUUCCCAGAAGGGACAGAAAAAAGAGAGCAGAGGCAAAAAGAAGGCAAAGGAUACAUUCUUCAAUUCUGUGAAAGACACAUUUGAUGCCAUGAAGAAUUCAACCAAGGAAUUUGUCAGACACCACAAAGAAAAGAUCAAACAAGCCAAAGAGGCUGUAAAAGAGAAUCUGAGAAAGUUCUCGGAUUCUGUAAAAAGUACUUUUAGGCAGUUUAAGGACUCAACCAACAAUAUGUUCGAUAGAAACCGCUAUAGAAAAUACACUGAGAGGAGGCGGGAAGAGACUAAGGAAGCACGUACAGUACGUCGAGAAUACAAGUCUGAUUCUGAGGAAGAGUAUCCAAAAAUGGCAACAGCCGGUCAAAAUGAGUAUAACAGCUUACAUAAUGAUGGGCUUUUUAAAGAUGAACCUCCAUGGAAAUCAACGCAUGCCAAGAAGACAAGUAGUGAACAGUGCACCAAUAAAAAGGGUUGUUCUGGAGUGUUUGAAUGCGCUCACCAAGAAUCCUUCAGUCUUUUUAACAAAGUAUUGGACCCUGUGAAAGUGGAAGAUUUCAACCAGUUGAUACAGACCUACGUACAGGAGCAAGUAGAUCAUUUCAGACACUGGAAGGAGCUAGAGCAGUUCAUAAACAAAUUUUUCGAGAAUGGCGUUUUCAUUCAUGAUCAGAUGCUUUUCACAGAUUUUGUUAAUGAUGUCGAGGAUUAUCUUGAAGACAUGAAAGAAUAUCAGCUUAACAAUGCUGGAAUAUUUGAAGAUCUUGAUGAAUACGUGUACAGGCAUUUCUUCGGAAGCGAUUACAAUACUCCACAUGGACCAAGAAAACCUGACAAAAAUCCUCCUUACAAGGAUGCAGAAGGUUACAGAUACAGAAAGCAGGAGCAGAAACAUCACCAAAAUCGCUACAGAAAAGAAGGUAAAUGGAAUAAGCAUGGACGUGCCGAUGGAAGACACAUGGCCAAUGUUGAAAUAGAUUUGGGGCAGUUGCCGUUUGAUCCAAAAUAUUGAAAAGCAUGGAGUUUCUUUAAAUCGUAGAGCACAGUUAUUAGAUCUAGAUUGCCUCGA